AUGGCUUCUAGAUCCCCGCCUGCAGCCACGCCGCUGCCCAAAUCCUCGGCCGCACCAGAAAGUCCCAAAGACGCGACCGCACCACAACAACCAGUGCCCUUCCCUCCCCCUCCGACGUUUGACAUCAUUCCACCACUCCACGGUAUCCUGUCUCGCCUGCUCCUUCAGAAGGCACAGUCCAACCAAACCGGUGGAGCUCCCGGUGAUGCCAAUGGAGCUCCAGGAGCAUCGGGUGAUGCGCAGUCACAACAAGCUCCCACCAGCAAUCCUGGAGGUGGAAACAACGACACUGGGGCUUCACAGUCUGCAGCAGAUAUUCCUAUCCAUAAUCCUAAGGCCCAGGGGGCUCUAGAUAUCAAAGAUCUUCCCACAGAAACCAGUUCGGUCAAGAUUCGGAUUCAGAAGGCGCGUGGUGUAGUGGAGGGACUCCCAGACGUGCAUCGAUCCGUGGAAGAACAACAAAAGGAAAUUGACGAGCUUGAGGACCGUGUGGCCCGUUUACGGUCCGUGAUUUCAGACUUUGGGAGUCGGGCAGGGGUGAAUCAGACGGACCGCGCCGGUGUGGCAACAUGA